GUUCAUCAUGUUUGAUUUAGAUAAAUCUACACCAAUCUUCUGGAUAUCUGGAUAUAACCACGUUCAUAGGCCAAUCGCGGCCCUCCCUAUCCCACCAUGUCGAGCUCAUACUCACCUCUAAACACCCACCAAAGCUGGACCCGCGAUGGUUAUCUAAUAUCAACCGACCCAAGUCUCAUCCCCAUCCCAGACCUGAUCAAAGCCUUUGCAUCACAACAAGUAUACUGGGCCCAACCACUACCUGAACCCGCAACGCGCGACAUGCUAGACCACUCACUAUCCUUUGGCCUCUAUACCACAGCCCCAGAAUCACCCGAAACCCCGUCAUCUCUGAUUGGAUUUGCCCGCUGCAUCACCGACCAAGUCACGUUUCUCUACCUGACCGAUGUCUAUGUGCUGCCAGAACAUCAAUCCCACGGUCUGGGUAAAUGGCUUGUCGGAUGUGUCCAGCAGGUGGUCGAGCAGAUUCCGUACCUAAGAAGGUCGAUGCUCAUCAUUGGGCAUAGCAAGGAGGAGAGGAAACGCUUCUAUGCGAAACUCAUGCAUAUGACGGAAGUGGUAGAGCCAGCCAUGGUUUUGAAUUGGAAGGGGCCUGGGAAUGUUUUCUAAUCGCCCAAGUCGGGUUGAUUCCGGCUAGAGAAGAAUGCUGUCUUUCGUUAGAAGAACUAAGAGAUACAGUCCCUACCUAGAACGACCAUCCACCGGACCGCCAUCACAGUCCCGAAUAGACAGAAAUCAAUCUUUGACUAUUGCUUCGUUCGUA